CAUGUGUACUGGCGUCCACAGCGGUGGUAAUGGGCGGUGUUUGGCGUCACUUAGCCGCCACUGUUCACGCCGUAGCCCCGUCGGCUGUGUGCCGCCUGUCAACAUGGUUAUCUUGACGUGGGUUCGUCGGUAUCUUCCGUGGUUAUUCACCGAGGAGACCUAGUGCUCCUCCGUGCCCGGCCUGCCUCGGUGAGCAGCUCCGUCUGAGCGUGUUUCAGUAGAACAGUUUGGCCAACAAAAAACCCCCCGGAGUGAUACCUCACAUGUCAAAUAAACAAUCUUCACAGCCUGCGUUCAAUUCGUUUAGAUGCCUCGGCCAAGAUGAGUGUCAAGGCCUUCGAGCUCAUCCCGGCUGUGGAGCGGGACCUCCUCAUGGGCGAUAAGGCUCGCAUCAACAUCGAAUGUAUCGAAUGUUGCGGGAAGCACUUAUAUGUGGGAACCAACGACUGUUUCAUCCACCACUUCCUCCUGGACGAGGUUACCUCCGCCAAAGGGAAGCGGACUUACUCGGCCCAGAAACUGCUUCACAAGUACCUGGGCCUGAAGAAGCCGGUGGCGGAACUGCGGGCCGCCUCGGCUCUGGAGCGCCUGAUCGUGCUGUGCGACGGCGUGGUGUUCCUCGUGGACAUGGUGACCCUGGAGACCGUGCCGUCGGCCGCGGGAGGCGGAGCCCGGAUACGAGGCGUGACGGCGUUUUGCAUCAACGAGAACCCGGUGAACGGCGAUCCGUUCUGCAUAGAGAUGGGUGUCCUUUCCUCGAAGCGCAGGACUGUUCAGAUUUACAUGGUGUAUGAGGACCGGGUGCAGCUGCUCAAAGAGGUGACCACGCCGGAGCAGCCCUGCGCCGUCUGUCUCGACGGUUACUUCCUGUGCCUGGCGUUGGCGACGCAGUACAUGAUCCUGAACUACCACACAGGAGCCGCCCAAGAUCUCUUCCCUUACAACAGCGAGGAGAGGAGACCCAUUGUGAAGAGGAUUGGUAGGGAGGAGUUCCUCUUGGCGGCGCCGGGUGGUCUUGGAAUGUUUGCCAAUGCAGAAGGGGCUUCCCAACGGGCGCCUGUCAGCUGGUCCGAGAAAGUGAUUGGCGCGGCCGUCUCCUUCCCGUAUGUGGUGGCCUUAGACGAGAGCUUCAUCACCAUCCACAGCAUGCUGGACCAACAGCUGAAACAGACCCUCUCAUUCAGGGAUGGACACCUUCUACAGGACUUUGAAGGGAAGGUCAUUCUGGCGUCCACCAAAGCCGUGUACGUUCUGGUACCAAUGCCACUGGAGAGACAGAUCCAGGACUUGCUGGCCAGCCACAGAGUGGAGGAGGCGCUCAUCCUUACAGAGGGAGCACAAAGAAAUAUUCCCAAAGAGAAAUUCCUGAUCUUGCACAAAAGAAUUCUGCAACAGGCAGGCUUCAUACAGUUUGGCCAGCUUCAAUUUGUAGAAGCGAAAGAGCACUUUUGGAAAGGUCAUCUGGACGUGCGGGAGCUGAUUUCUCUCUACCCGCUGCUGCUGCCGGCAUCUUCUUCAUUCACACGCUGCCACCCUCCUCUGCACCAGUUUGCAGACCUCAAUCACUUGGCGCAGGGAGACCAGGAGAAAGUGUUGCGGUGCAAGAAAUUCCUGAUCAGCUAUUUGGCAGAGGUGCGAAGCACGGAGGUAGCAAACGGUUGCAGAGAGGACGUGGACACGGCAUUGUUGAAACUGUAUGCCGAACAAGAUCAUGAGAGCCUUCUGGACCUGCUGGCGUCAGACAAUGCCUGUCUGUUAGCAGACUGUGUCCCGUGGCUGGAGAAAUAUCACAAAUAUUUUGCACUCGGGCUGCUCUACCAUUCUAACGGCCAGGAUCCAGCAGCUCUUCAGAUGUGGACCCGUGUCGCUGACGGCCAUCUAGAGGAUUCUACAAGGCCGGAUCUCUUUGACUACAUUGUGGACUUUCUCUGUUCCACGGCCAAUCUGGACCUUGUGUGGAAGUACGCAAACUGGGCGCUACACAAGGAUCCCGCUACGGCUGUCCACAUCUUUUCCAAGAGGUCCGGUGAUCAGGCCCAGGCAGACCUGAAGCCUGACGAUGUCAUCGCAUACCUGGGAGAGCACAGGGAGGCUCUCCUCCUCUAUUUGGAACACCUGGUGCUUGAAAGGCGGACACAGAAGGAGAAAUUCCACACCCAUCUGGCAGUCUUGUACGUGGACAGGGUCUUGUCCCUGCUGUCGGACUCUCCAGCCAAUGAGGAGCAGCUGAGCAGCACCAGAGAGAAACUCCAGGCUCUCCUCAGGGAGUCCAACCUGUACAAAGCCCACCAUCUUCUAGCUAAGGUGGAAAAGUGCGAGCAGCUGCUGCUAGAGCGUGCGACGCUGCACGGGAAGCUGGAGGAGCACGACAAAGCGCUCGACAUCUUGGUGCACGAGCUGAGAGACUUCCCGUCUGCGGAGGCCUAUUGUGUUUGGGCUUCUUCCUCCCAGGACCCUGCUGCCCGACAACAACUGUUCCACCUCCUCCUGGGGGUGUAUCUCCAACAUUGCGCAGCCGGGGACUCCCCGGCGCGUGGAGACCGCGGCAAUCUGGAGAUGGCGGCGGUGGACCUGCUGAAUCGUCACGGCGAGACGUUUGACGCGGUGCGCGUGCUGAGGACUCUGCCGGACAGCUGGUCGCUACAGCUGCUGCGGCCCUUCCUGGGUCGAGCCAUCAGAGCCAACAUGCACGCCUCACGCACGUCCCGCCUCGCCCUCGGACUCGCCCACUCCGAGCACCUUCAACUACUGCAUGACAAGCUGAAAGAGACGAAGAAGCCGAUCACUGUGUCCGCCAAGAAGGGAUGCCACUUGUGCCACAACACCUUCAGCGAGCCCGACGUGGUGUGUCUGCCCGGCGGCGUGCCCGUCCACGCUCACUGCCUGGCCCAGAGAGUAAGAGACUCGCCCACAAAGAGACAGCUAACCAACAGCAACAAUCACACGUGAGGAAAAAGAAAACCGGGUUUUUGACGAGAGGCUCCAAAACAAGGAUGGUGAGGACAAGGGCAAAGCACAGAGGUCACUAAGACAGAACGUUUUUAUGUGAUGCACGUGCAGAAUGUUGUGCAGGUCAAAGUCAGCUCAACCCUCCUUUCAAGUAGCAGUGGAGUGGAAAAACAAGUUCACUUUAUUUAUACACUUAUUUGUCUUUCGUUGUGUCCAUUAAACCAUAUCCAACUGUAUUUACAAUACACAAAGUAUGUUAAAAAUACUGUUUAAACAUCACAAAAUGCCACAAAUUCCUCUCCCAAUACCUUUGACUUUUUUUGGAGAUUGACAUCACUGUAAGCUUCUGCACUAUGACCAUAUUAUUAGAGCAGUCAUACUGGAAAUACGCAAACCGUGGAAAGAGAUGUGCCGUUUAUCCUUCACAAUCCUUAUGUAAGACAAGAACACAUAUGUUUGGAUUUUUUCAGUUCUAAAUCAUAAAUAAAUAUCUAACAAUUGAGUCAACAUAUGGAGGGUCCUCUCAUUGUACUCUCGCAAAACAUCCAGAAAGUGCCAACAAUACUCCAUUUACAUGUCCUGACCUGAAAAUUAACCAAAUAUGAGUGAUAUUGUUAUUAAAAGUGCUAACGCAGACGGACUAUUUUAGCGGCGCAUUGAAAGUAGUGAGCUAGUUCUCGUUUACGUUGCUAUUGUUGACACACUGCUGCUUCGUCUUAAACUUGGUAAAAGUACACUACCGUUCAAAAGUUUGGGGUCACAUUGAAAUGUCCUUAUUUUUGAAGGAAAAGCACUGUACUUUUCAAUGAAGAUAACUUUAAACUAGUCUUAACUUUAAAGAAAUACACUCUAUACAUUGCUAAUGUGGUAAAUGACUAUUCUAGCUGCAAAUGUCUGGUUUUUGGUGCAAUAUCUACAUAGGUGUAUAGAGGCCCAUUUCCAGCAACUAUCACUCCAGUGUUCUAAUGGUACAAUGUGUUUGCUCGUUGGCUCAGAAGGCUAGUUGAUGAUUAGAAAACCCUUGUGCAAUCAUGUUCACACAUCUGAAAACAGUUUAGCUCGUUACAGAAGCUACAAAACUGACCUUCCUUUGAGCAGAUUGAGUUUCUGGGGCGUCACAUUUGUGGGGUCAAUUAAACACUCAAAAUGGCCAGAAAAAGAGAACUUUCAUCUGAAACUCGACAGUCUAUUUCUUGUUCUUAGAAAUGAAGGCUGUUUCACAAAAUUGUGUGGGUGACCCCAAACUUUUGAACGGUAGUGUACAUUCUAGAUGAUAAUUCAUGCAUCUCUCACCUGCUGGUAGACAAAUGUGGCCGUGGACCGACAGGCUGGUCCACUUUCACAUCCCCAGAGAGGACGAAAAAGAACCCACAAGGCAUUUCUUGCAGGAACUAUUUUUUUAACCCUUCCUGAGGAUUGCGUUUGAAUCUUUAUUUAAACGUAAUUAUGCGAGCGUCCCGUUGGUCGACAUCCCAGCGAGAGUGGCAAUAUUACAGUAAGUAUUUGUUCUUUUAUGCAGCUGAGAUAGGCUCCAGCACCCCCCGCAGCCCCAAAAAGGGACAAGCGGUAGAAAAUGGAUGGAUGGAUGAUUAGUUUAUAUGUUUAGCACCUAGCAAUGUUGCUAAUGCUAUAGUGUCACAAUAAAGCUGCAUCCAUCACUCGGCUUAUAAAACUUAUUGCUCAUCCUCUUUGUGUUCGGGCUCAAAAAUAUAAGAUCCUGGAUCAUAAUUUUCCCAAAGUAAUCGUUGUUGGCUCUUACGAAUCUGCUCGAUUAGCAUUGCUGUUGAUGGGGAAGGGAUCUGUGGUUCCUCUACGUCACGCGACCAUUUGAAUGGCUUCCUCAUUAUCUAUCAAAAAUCUCAGUGAGAUUGAUACUAUUUAUCCGCAAACUUUGGAAGUAUUGGUGUCAUAAAUCAGAUAAUAGCUUCAAUAUGGAGGCAACUUGUUUUUCCACUCUACUGCUACUUUAAUAAUUGAUCAAAAAACAAAGAUGGUUGUUCUGAUUUGGGUUUCAUUGGCUGCCUACUUUAUAAAAAGUUACAUUUCCUCUACUUCUCGUUAAGUGAGAAUUCCGGUUCUUUCACGACAUGCUACAACUCAUAACUACAUUACCUUGGCAGUUACGCCAACUCCAAACAAAUAUUUGUUACUUUUGCUCGUGUUGAUUAUUCUACAUUGAUGCUGUGUCCUUUGUCCGCCACAAGAUGGCAGUAAUGAAUAAAAAGACUGGGGGUGAAAUGGAACAUGGAACCUUUUUAGUUUAUAGAAUAUAACCCAAUCAUGUUGACGUAACAACCUAAAAUGAUUUAUUUUGUGGUUUGUAAACAUUAAGAAGGGAAAUGCUUUGUUGCGUUGAUAAGGAUAUUUAACAAAUAAAGGGAUAAAGUAGGGAUCGGACAAUUCAUAUUAUAUUUGGCAUUUUGACGUGAAUUGGAUCUUCUUUUUUCCUCUCUCACAACAGAACUACAUCAACUACAUGAUACCAGUAUUUAAUAAAAAUACAAAAUUAGUAAAGUAGAGGUGGAAAUCUUCGGUCACAUCCCGAUGGAAUUAAAAAUCUAUUAUUGAUGCAUCUUUAAUUCAUGUAUAUUGAUGCAGUUUUACAUUUAUUUUGGUUUCACUUGCAACUUUUUAAAACAGUGCAUUUGUAAUAAGAAACAGUCGAAUUCAUGUCCAUUAUGUUUAAUAAAUUAAUAGAAAAGUGUGCAAAACUGCAACAUAAGUGCCCUAAAAUAAAGGAGUUGGUCAGCUCUCUGCGGUCAAAUUUUAGAACUGUCUGCAUUAUUUAUUUACAAUGAAUAAAUAAUUGAUUAUUAAUGUUUAUUGAUCCAUUUUACAAUCGCCCAUGUCCGAAUUGCGAUGCAUCUAAAAGUCGAUUCUAAAAAAUAACCACUGCAUUAGGAAAAAAAAAAAUCAGUUUUUGCUUUUGCUGGAUCCCCUUUUUUAUUCCUUUCAAAAUAAAUCACUCUAUAUUUUGAAAUCUGACAAGUCAUGUAUUUGAGUUUGUCAGCCCCCUCUUUAUUUUCUUCUGAUGCAGUGCUGGUCACCUACAGUGCAUCUUUGCAUACCUGUCAAAAUGUUCCCUUUUUUCCGGGAAAUCCAGUUUUUGUCCUUCUUCCCCGCCGUCUCCCGGCCCCGUUUUGUUUGUUUCCGCCAUGGAGUCCGCUUGAGAAGCCUCGGCAACACUCGGGAGCGUGGGCUAAUGUUUUUUUGGCGCAACAAUGGCGUCGCAUAAAACAUUAUGUAGCGCCUGGUUCCACAUUUUCUGAAAAAUUAUCUUAAAAACAAUAACUUAUAGCUUUGUCCAGUUAACUGACGCAUACUAUUUGUGUUUAAAUAACUUUUACCGCGAAUGAGCAUCAGUAUCGGCCCUGGAAAGACCAUAUCGGUCGAUCUCUAGAGUAUACCGUAUUUUCCGGUCCAUAGGGAGAGCCGGUAUAUAAGCCGCACCCACUAAAUUUUUAGAAGAAAUACAUAUUUUCCAUAUAUAAGCCGCACCAGACUAUAAGCCGCAGAUAUAUACGUUGUGAAAUGAGUUAUUUAUGCAAAAAGAUUCUGUAAACACACUUUAAUUGUUUCCAAACAAUGUCUGUGACACGGCAGUAAAACGGCUGAUCAAACAAAACAGAAGUCAUCGUCAUGGAUCCACUAGCUGCAGAAGCUAGCUCUCCAAUCAGCUAAAUAGACUCAAUAACUCCACGGUGACGUUUUGGUGAAUUUACUGAGGAAUUUGUGAAACUGAAACAAUAAAAAAAGAAUGCCAUUGAAAGUUAAUAAUACUAACAGACAAUCGUAAAUGUGUUAGCAUAUUAGCUGACGCUAACAACAGUAACUUCAUUACAUUACGAUAGCACGUACAAAUAUGCAUGCAAACAAUCCUACAGACGUCACAAAUGGGACGGUUUAGUAAGUGUAAACGGUUUUAGUUAUAUUGUAAAACGUUGCUUGGAGUGAUGAAUGGAGAAUCCAUAUGAGUAGAAACGCUAUGGACGGCUAGAAGACAGAACAAUAAACACUACUGAUGAAUGGAAUAGUGCCAUAGUAGCACAAACAAUAAAACACCCUGUCAGCGUUUUUCCUUUUAAUUAUUGUUUUUGCCGUCAGCGAAGAAAAAUCCACAAGUUAGCCGCCCGUCUUAUAAGGAAAAAAAGUAGCGGCUUAUAGUCUGGAAUUUAGGGUAGUGACGAAGUAACAAUCAGUGAUAAACUGUCAAAGAAAAAAUACUUUUUACGACACAUGUUGGUGACUUUUACAGCAGUGGGGCUGGAAAAACUGCACAUUUCCUGGAAAAAAACCACAGAAAUGAAAUCAUAUGCAUCAAAGAUAAACAUGGUGAACGUGGAGAGAGUUCCAUGGCCACAUUAUGUGAAGAAAUGAAAAGUUAUUUUCAUUUGAACAUUCCGUCCCUCCAUCGACAUUCCAAAUGAUUUAUGUCCGAUGAAUUGCUUCUUUGUCAAUAAUCUGACUAAUGGACAUGUUGUGUGUUGUCUGUAUGCUGCAUUUUCUACCUGCAAUGGGCGUGCAACCAUAAUAAAUAUGAAAGUCAACAAGGCAGUAGCAAGAACGAUGGAGCUGGACUGGUCCACCUGUGG